AUGAAUCUCAACUUCACCUCCCCUCUACACCCGGCGUCAUCUCAGAGGCCCACGUCCUUCUUCAUUGAGGACAUCCUGCUGCACAAGCCCAAGCCGCUAAGGGAGGUGGCCCCUGACCAUUUCGCCAGCUCUCUGGCCUCCCGGGUGCCUCUGCUAGACUAUGGCUACCCCCUCAUGCCCACACCCACCCUCCUGGCUCCUCACCCCCAUCACCCUCUACAUAAGGGAGACCACCACCAUCCUUAUUUCCUCACCACCUCAGGGGUUCCGGUCCCGGCGUUGUUCCCGCACCCCCAGCACCCCGAGCUGCCGGGGAAGCACUGCCGCCGCCGCAAAGCUCGCACGGUUUUCUCGGACUCGCAGCUCUCCGGCCUGGAGAAGAGAUUCGAGAUCCAGCGCUACCUGUCCACGCCCGAGCGGGUGGAGCUGGCCACGGCCCUCAGCCUGUCCGAGACGCAGGUGAAAACGUGGUUCCAGAACCGACGGAUGAAGCAUAAAAAGCAGCUGAGGAAAAGUCAAGACGAGCCCAAAGCGCCUGAUGGGCCCGAGAGCCCCGAGGGCAGCCCCCGCGGCCCCGAGGCCGCACCCGCCGAGGCUCGGCUGGGCCUGCCCACCGGCCCUUUUGUGCUGACCGAGCCGGAGGACGAGGUGGACAUUGGGGACGAGGGGGAGCUGGGCUCAGGGCCGCACGUGCUCUGA